CGGUCUGUCAUCGAUCCGGACUGAUCGCCUGUCACGAGCUUGUAGAAAUAUAAACAUCUUGUUUAAAGUUUUAAAGUCACAUUAAAAGACGCUCAAAUAAAGGCACGUCGUGUGUUAUGCACGCGCCGGUGUCAAUAAAAUUCAAAUUGUUAGUAAUUGGUUUUAAAUAAGAACUUGCAUAAGCACCCAGCAAAGGAACCACGUGAGAAAUGAGGCACAGUUACAAAAGCACUAACGCAGAUCAGAAACACCUACAACCUUGACUGAGCACGACAGCGGUGCAUUAUGCAAUUAUUAUCAGAAUCUAGAACAGGUUUAAUAAUGUCAUGAAGGGCUAGAAUGACGACGGGACGAUGCAUUUCGCAGACUUCUUUGCAGGAUCAUUUGGAGGAGCGUGUGGUGUGGCGGUCGGUUAUCCACUGGAUACUGUCAAAGUCAGAAUCCAAACACAGAAACAGUUCGCUGGAAUCUGGCACUGCAUCGUAACCACCAUCAAAAAAGAAGGGGUUCAUGGCUUCUUUAAGGGGAUGGCUUUGCCGAUCACGACUAUAUCCCUGACGUCCUCUGUGGUGUUCGGCUCCUACAGGAACUGUCUGCAGUGUUUGGCUCAGAUGCGCGGGAACGGCGCUCCCAAAACAAAGCUCGAUGUGUUUCUGUCGGGUCUGGCGGCCGGAGUGGCACAGGUGUCUGUAAUGUCGCCGGGAGACUUGGUGAAGGUUCGUCUUCAGUGUCAGACGGAGAGCAAGAGAAGCGGACUCCAUCCCAAAUACAGCGGUCCGGUCCACUGUGUGCUGAGCGUGGUCCGAGACGAGGGCGUCUCCGGUCUCUACAGAGGAGCUGUUCCUCUGGCUCUCAGAGACGGCCCGGCGUUUGCCACAUACUUCCUGACCUACAGCUCUCUGUGUUCACUGCUCACACCUGCAGGACAGAGAGAGCCAGAGUGGACGGCGGUGCUGUUGUCCGGUGGAUUGGCAGGGACGGCCGGCUGGUCAGUCGGGACACCCAUGGACGUGAUCAAAGCCCGUCUGCAGAUGGACGGCGCUGGAGGAGCGAGGAGAUACCGAGGACUGCUUCACUGCGCGAGCGAGACGCUCCGGAGCGAAGGACCCGGGAUCUUCUCCCGAAGCCUGGGAAUAAACUGCCUGCGAGCGUUUCCCGUCAACAUGGUGGUGUUCGCCGUCUACGAGGUUUCCGUCCGGGGUCUCAGCUCAGCGUCUCUGGAUCGACUCUAGCCAUCGUGUGUGUGUGUGUGUGUGAUGCACAUUGGGUUUUGUCUUGGAAAUGUGUGCAUGGUUUGUUGUGACCCUCUCUGUGAAAUUAUGAGAUGACAAGCAUCAAAGUUUGAUUUCACCCUGAUUUCAGUCUUUAACAUGCUCAGAAAUAAAGACAUCAAGGUUGCAUUUUCACAGAGACUUUAGCUGGGUUUCGUAAGGAACACAUCCCAGAUAUAUUUUACCCCGAAAACUUGUAUUUGUUUUACACAACAUUUUAUAAUAUGCCACCCUUGAUUUAUUAGAAUAGGAAUAUGUUUAUGAGCAUUAAUGGAGAUGAAUUAAAAUUAAAAUGUUUCAGUAUUUCUAUAGAUAAUAGAACUGUGUUAUAAUUGAAAAAAAGGGAAAAUAUUUCACUUAAAGUCAGUUAUAAUAGAAAUUGAAGAAAAUGUGCUUCAUUUUUAUAAAAUACUCUCACAAUGCAAUAAUAAAAAUAAAAAAAACAAGGCUUCACUUUCAUCAAAUGAAAUAUAAUUUCUCAUUUGUUUUCUCAUUAUAGGAAAGGAGUAAGUUUACGUUGAUUAUAAUUGUUAAACCAAAGCCGUAAAACAGUUGUGUUACCUGAAAAGAAAUGUGGCCAUCAUGAAGAUCAGAAGAGUUGUUCUGGUUUUGGAUGCUGUCUGAAUCAUCACUAUCUCUGUUAGGAGACUGAAUGUGUCUUGCUUCAUUAUGAACGAUUAAAGAUGAAUAUUGCUGACUGUUUGGCUGCUGUAGAGAGA